AUGGAAACAGAGCAAGAGAGAAAGUUAUUUGUGGGUGGUAUACCAUGGCAGGUUAACGAAACUAUGUUGGAAGAACACUUCAGCCAGUAUGGUGAAGUAAAAGAAUGCGUGAUCGUUCUAGAUAAAGUCAAUAAUUAUCAACCUAGAGGGUUUGGUUUUGUUACCUUUGUUGAUCGAUUAGUGGCUGAUAAAGUUUUGGAAGAAAAUCAUGUCAUCUUUGACAAAAAGCUUGUCGUAAAUCCCUCAGAACCACGGCGCGAGAGGAACCAGAAUAACCAAAGAAAUCAAUAUGCUCAACGUCAAAAAUCUCAUCACCCCAAAAAGAUUUUUGUAGGGGGUUUACCACAUCAUCUUACAGAAGAAGAAUUUAUCAACUACUUUGUGAAGUUUGGUGUAAUUGAUAAGGGUGUGAUAAUUUAUGAUAAGGAAACCAGCACGUCAAGAGGCUUUGGUUUCAUCACUUUUGAAUCAGAGGAGGCGGUUAAAGAUGUAAUGCAGGAAAAUUUUCACGAGCUAAAGAAUGAGAUAGUGGAGGUCCGCCGAGCUCGUCUCGAAGUAACAAGGAAUAACAGAAGUUUGAUGAACUGGCAUGACCUUGAGAAUGCAAGGUUGGAAUUUGAAGGAGGACUUCGAUAUGAUGAUCUUGCUUUUGGGGUUGGUCGUCUUUUUUGCUGCAACUGUGGAGGUUCUUAUGGUUACGGACAUUAUCCAGCGUGCUUGUGUGGGGAGGAUCCUUUUAAUGGAACUUGGAAGGCUCUGAGGGUUCUACAUGCUUAUUGGAAUGGUGGUGGUGAAGUGCAUCCAUGGGCGUGGAAUGAUAAUCUGCAAUCCAACGAACACCUACUGACUUAUGUAAACAAAUAA